CCGUCUCUACCCCAUAUUGUUUGUUUUGUUUCCAGAGACAUGGCUAGUCUUAGUGGUAAAGUGAGUACGGAACUUGGAAUCCGAACACCUGCUGCAAAGUUCUUCAACCUCGUCUUGAAGCAAAUUCACCAUAUUCAAAACGUUACUGAAAGAGUGCAUCAAACCAACUUGCAUGAAGGGGACUCGCACGACAUUGGUUCAGUUAGGCAAUGGACUUACGUCAUAGAUGGAAAGGUUGUAACAUCCAAGGAUAGCAUUGAAGCCAUUGACGAAAGGAACAUGAUAAUCACAUACAAACUUUUUGAUGGCUAUGUAAGUCAGCAGUUCAAGAUCUGCGAGCUCAUCUUUCAAGUUAUUGAUAAGGCUGAUGGUAGUGCUUUUGUUAAAUGGACUUUUGAAUAUGAGAAGAUCAAUGAUAGUGUUGAACCUCCUUAUGGCUAUAUGGAUUAUGUAACCAAGGUUACCAAAGAUAUUGAUGCUCAUCUUCUCAAGGCAUAGCACCAAGAGUUGUGAGGGGGAAAAAAUAUUAAGGAUGUUCUAAAUAAUUAGCGUGAACUUCAUAAAGAAUAUUAAGGAUGUUUGCUUCUUUCCUUUGUAAUGAGUGAACUUGGAGAUGCCUACAGAUGUAUUAUAGAGUAUAUAAAAUGUAUGUCAAAGGGUUCACUGUAAUAUACAUAAAUAAGCGAAUAUCUGCAACAUCCUAAUAAAUGUAUUCUACGUUAUUGUAUAAGUACGUUUUACAUAAGUUUAGAA